UCCACUCGUGAUCAUCCAGCCUCUUUUUUACUUUUGCCUGCUAAGCAGCUCACAACAGGCACGUCAUCCUCUAACUUGUACUUCAGGAUUUGUAUCAUUUGAAGGAGAUUUGGCUACUACUUUUAGCUUGUUGAGCGUCUAUAUACAGGCUCUCAAGCUGGUUGGACUCUUUUCAGAAAUUAAUGUCGGUUUUAUUAAAUUUGGCCGAACUUUACCCAGAAAAACAAACAAACAAAAAGCCGGCAGAUAACAGAUAACAACAGAUAUCAGCUUUACUUACAUUUUAAUACACACACACGCGCGCGCGCGCGCAUACACACACACACAUAUGUGUGUGUAUAUAUACAAGAAAUUAAAGAAAAUGCACACACUUUAUCACCCUCUUCAUUCGGACUUCGCAACUUCGAAAACAUUCGUUCCCAUUUAAUUCUGUCUUGGUAAUUUCAAAGCUGUCAUGUCGAGUGCCAUGGUUAAUCAGGGCUUGCAACCAGCUGAUAUUAUUAAUAAUGUUGAAGAACUCUUGCAGAAAUAUUUACAAGUACCUAAGAAAACCUACCCCAGAGCCCUCGCCCUAAGUGCUGGGUCUAUAAAAUAUCAUCAAGUGGAAUUACAAGGUGGAAGGGAUACAGGAGAUAUAAUAGAUGGUGUUGCAGAAAAUUUAAGGACAAUUGCAGAUGAAUUAGAAAGAGGUUAUGGUUCAGAGAUCGACAAUGCUUUUCAUCAACACGAUUCUAAUUUGAAUCAAUAUGGUACCUUCCGUUUAGCAGCUGAGAAUUUGUUAUCAAACAUUCAAACACCAAUUCUACAGCUUGGUGCAGUAUUUGAACUUUGUAAACGAUAUACAUCUGCGUACCCUGCAUUCAGUGGUGAUGGUAUAAUUGAACAGCAUGCUGUUAGAUACAUUCGUGAUCAUUUCACUCCAGAUGGUACCUGGAAACCAGAAAGAAAUUAAGUAAAUACUACAAACUCCACUGAUGAGGCAGACAACCUAACUGAAAAAGUGAAUGAAGACAACUUUAGAGAAGAAAACCAAGGAGAUGGCCCCUCACUGACUAUUGCUGAGAACAAUGAUAACUACGACCCACAAGGAUUUGCCUCCUUCAAAUGGUUGUGACAAGUUCUUUUUCUUACAAAGGAACUCAGACAAAGGACGUCCAAUAAGCCUGAUCGUUCAUAGUAACAGGCAGAUUUUCCAGCGUUAUACCAGUUAUAUUGCACUGGUUGGUCGAAAUUGCUCGUUUUUGCCAGCCCAAGUGGACUGGAACAACGUGAAAUAAAGUGUCUAACUCAAGAAUACCAUGCAUCACCCAGCCCAGGAAUCGAAACCACAGUCAUACAAUCAUGUGUCCAACACCCUAACCACAAUGCACCUCCGCAGUGAUAAUAACAUCAUCAUCAUCAUCAUUUAGCGUCCGUUUUCCAUGCUAGCA